AAAAGAGAGACCAAAAAGGUUCACGGAGCAGUUUUAAAACGACGUCGUCCGCAUGGCCAGUUCAAGUUUUCCCAAAUCGAAGCCGCGUAUGUCAAUUUCAGACGAACCCGACUUGCACGGAAGCUCGUCAUCCUCCCUCGACCACCGAUAAUUGCACAUUCAUUUUCCUGCAGCUGCAAAUAAUCAAUCCGCAGCAGCUCCACAACCCAAAUCACCAAUGGCAACGAGAUAUUGGGUGGUCUCUCUUCCCGUCCAAUCAUCCGCUUCCUCCCUUUGGAACCGUCUGCAGGAAUCCGUCUCCAAGCACUCCUUCGAUACUCCUCUCUACAAGUUCACUACGCCCGAUCUCCGCGUUGGGACUCUAGAUUCCCUCCUGUCUCUCAGCGACGAUCUAUUGAAGUCGAACAGCUUCGUCGAAGGAGUGACGCACAAGAUACGGCGUCAAAUCGAGGAGUUGGAGAGAGUUUCGGGGGUUGAGAGUAGCUCCUUGACGGUGGAUGGGGUUCCCGUGGAUUCCUACUUGACGAGAUUCGUUUGGGACGAUGCAAAGUACCCAACUAUGUCCCCUCUUAGAGAGAUCGUGGACAGCAUUCAUGUACAAGUAGCCAAGAUUGAGGAUGAUCUUAAGGUUCGUGUUGCUGAGUAUAAUAAUGUGCGUAGUCAGCUUAAUGCCAUAAACAGAAAGCAAAGUGGAAGCUUAGCUGUUCGUGAUCUGUCCAAUUUAGUGAAGCCAGAGGACAUCAUCACUUCAGAACAUUUGGUGACGCUUCUUGCUGUUGUCCCCAAGUAUUCACAGAAGGAUUGGUUGUCAAGCUAUGAGUCUCUUGCGACCUACGUGGUUCCCAGAUCUUCAAAGAAAUUGCACGAGGACAAUGAAUAUGCUCUAUAUACUGUAACAUUGUUUGCCCGUGUUGCGGAUAAUUUUAAGGCUGGUGCGAGGGAGAGAAGCUUUCAAAUUCGUGAUUUUGAAUAUAAUCCAGAAACACAGGAGACUCGAAAGCAGGAAUUAGAAAAACUGAUGCUAGACCAGGACACGUUGAGAAGCUCUCUUUUGCAAUGGUGCUAUACCAGCUAUGGGGAGGUUUUCAGCUCCUGGAUGCACUUCUGUGCUGUGCGUGUUUUUGCUGAGAGCAUCUUGAGAUAUGGCUUGCCGCCAUCUUUCUUGUCAGUUGUAUUAGCCCCUUCCACCAAAAGUGAGAAGAAAGUACGUUCUAUCCUAGAAGGACUCUGUGACAGUGCACAUAGCACUUACUGGAAAUCUGAAGAUGACACAGGAGGGAUGGGCGGUCUAGGGGGCGACGCAGACACUCGGGUAUAUGUCUCCUUCACCAUAAACAUGGUCUGAACGUAAUCAUAUUCUCUUCUCACACUGCUCAUUUGGUAUCACCUCAAGUUAGGUUUUCAUUAUUGGCAUAAAAUUACUGUAUAGUAAUCUCAGUUAUGUGAUUCUUUGGCCUAUUUAUUACUAUGUGAACUCCUGAUCAAGUUAUUUUGAUUUCGGCUUUCUUUUGGAUUUCUUUUUCCUGUUCUUUUGAUGUAUUUUGUCUUUCAAGUCCAGCACAGUGGGGUAGAAAAUGGAUUUUUAUUUUUUAUUUUUUUUGGAAGGAAGGAUGAGUGCUUCCAAAUUGUAGGAUAAUGACUUUGAUAUUGACAAAUAAUCAUUGCAAGAUUGAAGUUUAUUCGAGUUCAGCAGGUUAGCUGACCUAGUGCCAUUUGGCAUUUUAGCAGUGAAA